AUGACUUCUCUCAAGAAACAUCAGGAUAAGUCGGCAUUUUCUGGCAAAUCUUUACUCUACCUUAAUCGGCAUCAGACGGAGGAGUGGAAAGGAUGGAUGCAGGCAAGUAUUUAUGUCAAAGUUCGUAACUUGAAUGCACUGGUCCUAUUUUUAAUGUAUCAUUACUUUGCUGCAACGGAGAUAUACAAUGCAAUACGUGUUUUUAUUGCUGCAUAUGUCUGGAUGACUGGUUUUGGCAACUUCUCCUACUAUUACAUUCGCAAGGACUUCAGCGUUGCACGGUUUGCUCAGAUGAUGUGGAGGCUAAAUUUUUUCGUGGCAUUUUGUUGCAUUGUCCUGAACAAUGACUAUAUGCUGUACUAUAUCUGCCCCAUGCAUACGCUUUUCACUCUUAUGGUGUAUGGGGCCCUUGGAAUUGGCCACAAUUAUAAUGAUAAAAAAUCAGUGAUGGCAAUGAAAAUCGCCGCAUGCUUUCUGGUGGUUAUCCUGAUUUGGGAAAUUCCUGGAGUUUUUGAGUUUGUUUGGCGUCCUUUGACAUUCUUGUUAGGGUAUACUGAUCCUGCAAAACCAGAUCUCCCCCGGUUACAUGAAUGGCAUUUCAGAUCUGGACUUGAUCGCUACAUAUGGAUCAUCGGAAUGAUAUAUGCUUAUUUUCACCCUAACGUUGAGAAAUGGAUGGAGAAACUUGAGGAGUCUGAACCCAAGCGGAGACGAGCAAUCAAAACAGGCAUUGUUGCGGUUUCCUCAGUUGCUGGCUAUUUGUGGUAUGAAUAUAUUUACAAGCUGGACAAGGUUACAUACAACAAGUUCCACCCCUACACAUCAUGGAUUCCUAUAACUGUAUACAUUUGCUUGCGGAAUUUCACUCAGGAGCUUCGGAAUUUCUCAUUGACCCUCUUUGCGUGGCUUGGCAAGAUUACAUUAGAAACCUACAUUUCCCAGUUCCACAUCUGGCUGAGAUCAAACACCCCUAACGGACAGCCUAAGUGGCUACUUUCUCUCAUCCCAGAUUAUCCUUUGCUCAACUUCAUGCUCACAACUGCUAUUUAUGUAUUGGUAUCCUGCCGGCUCUUUGAACUGACGAAUACACUCAAAUCUGUUUUUGUACCCACAAGGGACAAUCGGCAGCUUCUGUACAACUUUCUUGCUGGAGCUGCAAUUUCUGUGUGUCUUUAUUGCAUCUCGCUCAUUCUUGUUCAGAUCGCUCAUUAA